AAUCGCAGCCGUUUGUUCGCAGAUCUAGGGUAUCAUUAGGGUUCUUUCGUUGUGCUGCGGCUGAGGAGGAGAAAGAGCGCCAUCAUGCAGAACGAGGAGGGCGAGAACGUCGAUCUCUACAUCCCCAGGAAGUGCUCGUCGACCAACAGGCUCAUCACUUCCAAGGAUCACGCGUCCGUGCAGAUCAAUGUCGGGCAUCUGGAUUCCCAGGGAGUUUACAUCGGCAAGUACACCACAUUCGCCUUCUGCGGCGCUGUCCGAUCUCAGGGAGAUGUGGACAGUGCGCUGGAUCGGCUAUGGCAGAAGAAGAAAGCCGAGCUCAAGCAGUAGCGGCGGUGAACCACCAAGAACUCGCUUCUCAUGUUUUUUCUCGUUUCUCCUUGGAUGAAAUAGUAAAAGAUCUUCCUUUCUGGAA